CCUUCUUCCCCCCAGCAUACAAGGCGACGUCGAGUGACGAAACUACGAAACUCCUAAUACUGCCCAUGAAGACGGACAGGGCGGCGAGAUGCCCCUUGUGGACGUUCAUGGCCAACAUGGUGUUGACUUCAACACUAAGUGGUAUCACGGUUAGGAAAGCGAGAAGGAAUCAGAAGCCAGACAAUCCAUUGCCUCACCUCUGCAGUGUAAUGCAGGCCACACAGACUUCUGCACCACACCUUUAGGCUUUAGCAGUGGUUCAAGGCUGAGCUAGGAGAUAAGGCAGACCCGUCCCCAAGAUCUGCCGGACCCAAUUGGCUCCUAUGGGCCUCCCCCUUUUCUUCUCC